AGUGAUCCGAACACACGCCUUGCCUACACAUUUAGUUACUAAUUGAACAUCAGACAAUAACGACGCAUACGAACGAUGUUCAUAGCUUUUGCGUAGCAAAGCCGGGACUAAAAUGUACAGUAGAAUAGUAAUUGUAACCCUUUUAGUUUUAAUAGUUCAAAAUGUGGAUGCAAAAAAACAAAGGAAAACCAAGCAAACGACGACAGAAAGCCCAGCGCCACAACCAAGCGUAUUAACGUAUUCAACAUUCGGAUUCAACGACGUCACAUCUCGCGAUGCCUUCGUGCCGACUUCUCCGGAAUACCCGAAUUAUCACAACAAAUACAAGGAAUCGUCAGAGAAGUUGUAUGCUCCUGCCUUCCCAUCGGCGCCAGAUCCAGAUUUUACCAGUAAUUCACAAUCUUACAACGGAGAACCGUUUCCAAAUUCAGAAGGUGUACAACAAUCAAAUACAGUACAAUUUAAUCCUGCAAGUUUUUAUAGAUCUUCAAACUUUAAAUCAGAAGACACCAUAAAUAUAAAUCCAAAUGGGAACUACAAUAGAGGUUCAGAAAAUAAUAACAAUCCCGUGUACGGAACAAAAAUAAACUACAACAAUAGAAACAUUUCAUUCAAUGGUUAUAAUAAUUCUGAAGUAGUAAAUAGUGAAUCGUAUAACAAUUACAAAUCCUCAAAUUUUGAAAAUUCUAAUUAUUAUAACGAUAAUAAACCGUUACACGGAGGUUCGGUUAACUCAAACCAAAAUCUAUAUGAUUAUACGACUUAUCCAACUCAAGAAGUAGAAAACUCAAUGAAGUCUGCUCCAGUUAAUUCACAAGGUUUGUUAAAUUUUCCCAAAGUAUUAGAUUUUACAAAUCCCAAGCAGUAUGAUACAUUAGAAACUGAAAACAAACAUUCUCUAGUUAUGUCUAAACCAUUAGAUACAUUUAAUUCAUUUGCCAAUACUGGAGGUGCCGACACGCUUCAGUCUUAUGAAGAUAAAGCAAAUAAACUCAUUAAAAUGUCUCCAGGCUUUAAAAAUGUUUUAAAAAAUAAUGUCGAAACCAAAGAAGUUCCAACCUCUUAUCAAGGUUUUACUAACAAAUAUACCAACUCUAAAUAUAAUGGAAAAAGUAAAAAUUUGAAUUACGAUUACAAAGAAACGGGAAAGAAUAAACUAUGGACAACUGACAACAACGACAAGAAACACUCAAAUAACAUUUUUAAAGCCUACGAAUAUGCGAAUAAUUUUAGUACCACCAGUUUUAAAGCCGAUGACAGCGAACCCAAGAACCAAUACAAUUCUAAUACUGACGAACUGAUUCCAUUAAGCAGCAAUAACAUUGAUUAUUCUAAUUAUCAUUAUCCGCAAAAUGAUUAUUCAAAUAUAAAAUCUACGCCGGGCAUCAAACAUCUUUACACUGAUAUUAAAGAUGCUUUACCUCAAAAUAAUGUGAACUCGUAUAACCCGUCCGAAGAAUAUUUAAAUAAGUUUAAAAAUUUGUAUGGCACAGUACCAUCAUCAUCUACUAAUUGGGGUAGCAUUUUUAAGAACUCUGAUUACUCGUCCUAUAAAACACAUUAUAAACCGACACAAGAAGCAGAAGAAAACUACGACUAUGUUCACAUACCUAAAAGGCCCAACAAUUAUAGGUUCGAAAAGGAUUCUGAUAGCGUCGCUCAGGACUGGGCCGCUUAUAGCAAGAAAUAUAAUACAUUUAAUUCUUACAACCAUGAAUGGAACAAAGAAAAAUACAACAACAGAUUUAAAUCAGAGGAGGAUUUACUAGGAUUAAGAAAUCACGAUACCUCUCAUCCUUCGUACCUACCAACAUUUCAAUAUCAUGGAAACGAGGACUCUGAUGAAAGUUUUAAGGCAGCUGUAGAGAAAUGGAGAGAAGAUUAUAUAAAAACAAAAUAUAGAGAUACACCAAAUUAUGACUAUGAAGCUUCUGAAGUAAAACAGGUGCACUCCGUGAAUCCAUAUCAAAUAGAAGUACCACAUCCUGUGAUAGUGCCAGUGCCUCAACCUUAUCCGGUCCGUGUACCAGUAGCAAAACCCGUCGCCGUACCAAUAAUGCAGGAGGUGGCCGUACCAAUAGAGAAGCCGGUACCGUACCCAGUCUACAAAAAGGUUCCCUAUCCCGUUGAAAAACUGGUGCCCGUGCCUGUUGUAAAACAGGUACCAGUACCAGUAGUGAAGCCGUACCCUGUAGCAAUACCUCAAGUACGACCAGUGUUCCACCACUCGCGCCCGUCUGCCUAUCGCGAAGAGUACGAUGACCAUGACGAAGAUGAUUACUUCCCACGACCAGAGAGCAGCAAUGUCGUUUACAAACGACCAAAAAGCCCACACAGUCGUUUGCGAAGACCAUCAAGGAUGUCUCACCAGGAGCGCGGUAAGACAAGAAGACCGCAGAGAAGACCGAGUUCUUCGCGCGAAAGAGACCAGCGUCGCUACGUGAAACCGUCUUCAGAGUACAACCGUUACAGGUACCGUGACAAUGAGUUUGAGGACGAUCAUGAUCAUAGGGAUUAUUUUACAUAUUGCAAAAGAAUUGGAAAUUGCUAAAAUACUAUUAAGUUUUCCAAGAACAUCUUACUUUAGAUCUGUUUUUGUUUUUAUUGAAUUUUAUUUUAUAGGUCUCAAUUUUAAACAUUAAACCUAUACGUAUAUGUGUCUUAACUUCCUUAGUAGAACAAAUUAAACAAUCGUAUUGUCUAUUUUUAGAUAUCUUUUUGUCGUUAAACACGAUGGAAUGUUACCCUGCCAGUGUAUUUUUGUAAAUAUAAUAGCUUUUAUCUUGAAGUGAUGUACAUUAAUGUGCAUUUCAUUUUAAGUUAUUUACAAUUAUCAUUAUGUAAUUAUUAAAUAGUUAUAAGUUAGUAUUGUUAUCUGUUUUAAGUAAAAUUGAUUUAAAAAU